AAAAAUCCCAAUUUAGGAGCAAAAAUCUUGUUACUGGUUCUUGUAUCUCCCAGGAUUCUCGUUGCUUUACCCACAGCAGACAAGGAUUUGGGGCUGUGACUCAGCAGGGUGAGGAGGAGGAGCAGCACCAGCUGGUGGUGGGGGCCGAGCCCAGCCCGCAGUGAGCAGCCAGGAGCGCCCCGAGGCAUGGCCGGGGGACGCCGGGGUCCCAACAGGAGCUCCUACUGCCGGAACCCCCUGUGCGAGCCCGGGGCCGCCGGCGCCGCCGCGCACUCCUCGGGCUCCGCCGUCAGCGGCGUGCGCUCCCGCACCAGGAGUGGCUCAGGGACAGGCCUGUCCAGCCCCCCUCUGGCAGCUCAGACAGUCGUUCCCCUGCGGCACUGCAAGAUCCCCGAGCUGCCCGUGGAGAGGAGCGUCCUGUUCGAGCUGCAGCUCUUCUUCUGCCACCUGGUCGCCCUCUUCGUGCACUACAUCAACAUCUACAAGACAGUGUGGUGGUACCCACCCUCCCACCCUCCUUCUCACACCUCCCUGAACUUUCACCUCAUCGACUUCAACGUGCUGACGGUGACAACCAUCGUCCUGGCACGGCGCCUCAUCGGCGCUGUCGUCAAGGAGGCUUCCCAGAGUGGCAAAGUCUCCCUGGCACGCUCCAUCUUCCUGGUGGUCACUCGCUUCGCCGUGCUCACGGGCACGGGCUGGAGUUUGUGUCGCUCCAUCAUCCACCUGUUCAGGACCUACUCCUUCCUCAACCUCCUGUUCCUCUGCUACCCGUUUGGGAUGUACAUCCCCUUCCUCCAGCUGAACUGUGACUUCAGGAAGGCAGGGCUCUUCGCCCAGGUGGCCAACAUUGGCCCCAGGGACACGGGGGAGGUGACAAACCGGGGCAGGGACUACCUGACAGUGCUGAAGGAGACCUGGAAGCAGCACACGAGGCAGAUGUACGGCGUGGAGGCCAUGCCCAGCCACGCCUGCUGCCUGUCCCCCGACCUCAUCCGCAGCGAGGUGGAGUUCCUCAAGAUGGACUUCAACUGGCGCAUGAAGGAGGUGCUGGUGAGCUCCAUGCUCAGCGCCUACUACGUGGCCUUCGUGCCCGUGUGGUUUGUCAAGAACACCCAGUACUACGACAAGCGCUGGUCCUGUGAGCUCUUCCUGCUGGUUUCCAUCAGCACCUCGGUGAUCCUCAUGCAGUACCUGCUGCCUGCUCGCUACUGUGACCUGCUGCACAAGGCUGCAGCACACCUGGGCUGCUGGCAGAAGGUGGACCCAGCCCUCUGCUCCAACGUGCUGCAGCACCAGUGGACUGAGGAGUGCAUGUGGCCUCAGGGGGUGCUGGUGAAGCACAGCAAGAACGUUUACAAGGCCGUGGGUCACUACAACGUGGCCGUGCCCUCGGACGUCUCGCACUUCCGAUUCCACUUCUUUUUCAGCAAACCACUGCGAAUCCUCAACAUCCUGAUCCUGCUGGAAGGAGCUGUCAUCUUCUACCAGCUCUACUCACUGAUUUCCUCAGAGAAGUGGCACCAGACCAUCUCUCUGGCUCUGAUCCUCUUCAGCAACUACUACGCCUUCUUCAAGCUGCUGCGGGACCGCCUGGUGCUGGGCAAAGCCUAUUCCUAUGCUGCCAGCAGGGACUCAGAGCAGAAGUUAAAUUAAAACAAUUGCACUGCUGCUCUCAGCCUAUUACAGAACAAACAAAAACCAGAAACCCUCAGAGCUUUGUAUUUUUGUUACCACUGCUUUUUGUUUUGUUGUUGUUGUUGUUGUCGUUUUCUUUGAUAACUGAUGUAAUUAAAAGGAAGAGAAAAAAAAAAAAAAAAAACAUAUUUUUUUACUCCCAACAAGUUGUUU